CUUGUCUGGAAAAUUAUCAACGGUUAACAACCACCGUGUACUUUCUGUUAUAACGGCGCCCCCUGUGUCCCUUGAUUUUAAAUCUAGCCGAUCAGCUUAACGACUGUCACAUGACUGAAGAUUGACGACCGGGACAUGAGCGCCAUCUGAACAAGAAGUGUAAAGACAGACCUCAUCGCUUAAUGAUGGCAGUCCGUAUCUGGAGGUUGAUUGUGGCCCUGUGUGUAUAUACAGACAUCCUAUUUUUUACAACUGCACAGUCGGAGGAAUGCGAAUGUGAAGAAUUUCCAUGCACAACACAGAGACGUUACGAAUACGCCGAUUUUAGCCGUAAAUUAAACGUUGCUCUGGGUAAACCAGUGUCUUCAAGUUCAGUACAUAGAGGCACGUUAUCCUCUGCUCAACCUUGUGUUGUUGUUAGUGGCCAUGUAACGACUCAUCUCGUGAGCGAUAAGGACAGGACAGGCAUUUGCUUUCUGACUGCAGCAGAGGACAAGUUACCUUAUUGGGAAGUCGAUCUACUGGAGCCUUAUUUACUUGCUGGCAUCAACAUCACCUGGGCACUAACCGCAGAUUCUUCCUUGGAUUAUAGCCGUGAAGGAAUGAGAAAUAAGACGAAAAUCGGCGUGUUUGUGGACGGCAACAAGAUUUACGAGUACCAGGGGACAGAUUCUGACAAGGAUUACAUUUCUGUUCCACCUAAUACCAUUGGUCAAAUAAUCAGGAUCCAGCGAUUACUUGAGGUUCCACGUAAAAAUGUACAUGACAGACAUUACCCACUUAUGCUUUGCCAAGUUGAAGUCUAUAGCUGCAGGUUCGGAUUUUAUGGCACUGAAUGUGAAGGUAUCUGCGAGCAACCAAUCUGCUGGAAUAGAGAAAUAUGUAGUGGUGUCGACGGGUCCUGCCCACCAGAGGAACCGGAGAUUACUGUGGAAUGUGACUCUACGAGCUUUAAAUUAGCUUGUGCUUUUGACGUUGUCGUCAUGAUACUCGCCGCCGUUGCUGCAAAGGUAAUUCCCAAAAAGAAAGACCCACCGAUGGUGCCUCUACCUGCUGCGACACCCGAGGUUAAAGAGGACGAAGAAGAAAAAGAGAAUGAAGGCGAAAGAGAAGGUGAAGAAGAAGAAACUACGGUGUAGGAGGGAUGAUGCGGGCGUGUUAAGUUCGACAUGAAAAUGUUUUGUUUGUUACAAGGUAAAAGACUUUUUGUUACAAUCUACAAACCUGUUCCAGACUUUUUAUUACAAGCUACAAACUUGUUCCAGACUUUUUGUUACAAGCUACAAACUUGUUCCAGACUUUUUGUUACAAUCUACAAACUCGUUCCAGACACUCAAGCUACAAACCUGUUCCAGACUUUUUGUUACAAGCUACAAACUUGUUCCAGACUUUUUGUUACAAUCUACAAACUUGUUCCAGACUUUUUGUUACAAUCUACAAACUCGUUCCAGACACUCAAGCUACAAACUUGUUCCAGACUUUUUGUUACAGUCUACAAACUUGUUCCAGACUUGAUAUUGCAAGCUACAAACUUAUUUCGUUACAUGCUACAAACAUGUUCCAGACUUUUCCAACUUUCACGCCAUGACUAACUGCAGUAGUGAAAAUGGCUGCUGCUUAACACUGCGCGUUACACACUUCAUUCAGAAUUGUUGUGAUUUAAUUAUAAAUGUUCCAUACUUUUUAAGUGUUAUUUUAUUCAUUCUUUACUGAAUUAAAGAAAUGUUGCAAGUUUUUCUAAAGUAUUCAGUUUUAGGCUUAUUGUUGCACUUCAUCCUUCUAUUGUUACUGAAUUGUUUCAAGUCAACAUUGCCUUGGCUCCUAUGGCUGAGAUGUGUUUCUGCUUUAUAAGCAAACAUACUGUUAACCAUGCUUUUCAUUAUUUACCCUUUUUGCCUGUAUGUCUGGUCACCAUAUUUGUCAUUUUGUUUAGAAUGUAGGGCAUUUUAUCCUAGCAGAAAUAUUUGAGAUGCUUAGAAAUGCUCACAGCACAGUAACACAAUGUUUGACAUAUUUACAAAAGAAAGAGGAAAAAAUCCCGAGAGAAAAGACAAUGAAAUAAGAGUCAGCAGCACACACACAUACACAUGCAUACCUUUACUAUCAACAUAACUUUAUUAUCAAUGCUACAAGUGACCAAUUUUUUGCUGAGAUUUGUUUUUGCUUUAUAAGCAAACAUACUGUUAACCAUGCUUUUCAUUAUUUACCCUUUUUGCCUGUAUGUCUGGUCACCAUAUUUGUCAUUUUGUUUAGAAUGUAGGGCAUUUUAUCCUAGCAGAAAUAUUUGAGAUGCUUAGAAAUGCUCACAGCACAGUAACACAAUGUUUGACAUAUUUACAGAAGAAAGAGGAAAAAAUCCCGAGAGAAAAGACAAUGAAAUAAGAGUCAGCAGCACACACACAUACACAUGCAUACUUUUACUAUCAACAUAACUUCAUUAUCAAUGCUACGAGUGACCAAUUUUUUGCUGUUUUGCAUUUGUGGUUAUAAGAUGUUUGAACUGGUUGGGUUAAUUUACAGUUACGUUUUGUGACUUUAGUGUUGUCGAAAUAAAUUUUACUUCAUUGUAACGUU